CCAUUGUUUAUGCAAGUGUGUACAACGAAUUGGUUUUCAGCCAUUGACAGCUGAUGCUGGCAUACCCUUAAUAUUCCCUUUUUAAGCUGAGAGCCGUGAAACGCAACCUUCGCCCGUGUCUUGCACAGCGUAACUGAAAAGUAAUAGUCUUAGAAACAUUGAACGUCUAGACCGGACCAAAGCCAAGGGUUGUUCUUCCCAUCACUCAUCAGAGCAUUGGCUAAGAAUACCGAAAGAUGAAGUUACCGCCAGGAUACGUCGCCGGUGUGGGUGUCCACAAGGCGACAGGUUUUGGCGGCUUGGGACAGCGCCUCAUGGAGAAUAUGGGUUGGAGCAAGGGUCAAGGCCUGGGGAAGGAAAAGCAUGGGAUGAAGGAGGCCAUUGAAGUCAAGAAGAAGGAGGAUACCCUCGGGGUCGGUGCCAAUGCCGCUUGGAACUGGGACCGCAAGUAUUGGGAGGACGCCUACAACUCUGCCAUCCAAAACAUCAACCAUGAAACCAGCAGCGACAGCAGUAGUAACAGCGACAGCAGCAGCAGCAGCGACAGUGAUAGCGACAGUGGCGACCGGCGCCGUGGCAAGCGGGCCCGCAGGGGCGCCCCACCUGCUGCCGCCGCUGCUGCUUCUGCCCCAGUCGGAGUCUCAACCGCCGUCACCAACCGUGACGGCACGCUGGCGAGUGCGAGUGCUGCGGAGCUCCGAAUUGCUGCUGAGCUAGCCAAGGACCCGUGGGGCCGGUGGGGGGGUCGAGCGGGCAAGAUGGCGCGCAUUCGGGCGCAGGAGCAGGAGGAGGCGAACCGCGCUCGAGCCAAGCUGGGGCUGCCGCCGCUGCCGGUGGUACAGCCGCCGCCUGCUGGGGACUCGGAUAGCAGCAGCAGUGACAGCAGCAGUGACAGCUGCAGUGAAAGUAGCAGUGAUAGUGAGGGUGAGGGGCCCAGCACCAGCGGCAGGGGUGCAGAGGAGGCGGGGAAGAAGCAGCAGCGAGGGAAACGGAAGGGCGCUGCUGCUGCGGAGAAGAGCAAGAAGGAGAAGAAGAAGGACAGGAAGAAGGGCAAGGAAGGGGAGGAGGAGGAGGAAGGGAGGAAAGCGGGGCAGGAAGAGCAGGGUGCUCCUCCACCCCAGGCGCCCAAGAAGCGUAUUGUGGUGGUGCUGGGAAGCGAGGCAGCGGCGGCCGCUCGCGCCCGGAUGUUCGCCUCCUUCACGCCCACUCCCGCCACCGGUUGGUGGGGUGCCAAGAUGUUUGCGAGUGCGGGGCUGCUGGAGAGCAUGGAAGACGAAGCGGCGGGCGAGCAGCGACUGGCAGACGCGGCGGCGCGACAGGCGGCGGAGGCGGCGGCGGAUCCGACGCGCGCGGCACUGGGCGGCGCAGCGGCGGUGGCGGCGGGUCAGCGGAAGGGCUUCAACGAGGAUGAUCAGGCGGCGCUGUAUAAGCGGGCCCACGAGUUCCAACGAGUAGGUCGGCGGGGUCUGGGCAAGGGCGAGCUGAAGGUCGGGGGCGCCAAGUGGGAGGGGACCAAGAAGACGUUUGGGGAAGACGAAGAGGAGGAAGAGGAGGAGGAGCAGGGCGGGGUGCAGGCUGGGGUCGGGGCGGAUGCCGAGGAGGAGGAGGAGCAGGAAGUGGCAGAGGCAGGGAAGAAGGAGAAGAAGAAAAAGAAGAGCAGGGGUGAUAAGGAGGAGGAGCGGAAGGCGAAGAAGGCACGGAGAGAGGAGGUGGCGGAGGAGGACGGUGGGGAACAGCAAGCAGGCGGCGAGGUGCAGUCGGGGAAAGAUGGCGACAAGUCAAAGAAGGAUAAGAAAGACAAGAAGGACAAGAAGAGCAAGAAGCGGAGAAGUGAGGACGGCGGUGAGGGCGUGCAGCAGCCUCAGCAGCAGCCAGAUGUGGAAACCGUUGUGGCCGCAACCACCACCGCAACCACCAACACGACAGCCGCGGAGGUGCCCCCCGCUCCGCAGCCCAAGUGGCUCAAGCUGGCGCGCAUGGUCCUUAAGAAGUCCUCCGAUCGGCGUGUGAAGCUGCGGCGAGUGGUGGCCGAGCUGCUGGCGCACGCGGAGGAGGAGCACCGCCGACACCACCACAAACACAAACAACACCACCAUCGGCACCUGCAGGAGCAGCAGCAGUCUGAGGCAGCGGAAGAAGGCAGCAAGAAGAAGAGUAAGAAGUCAAAGAAGGGGAAGAACGGCGAAUCGGAGGCUGCUGAGGCAGGUGUCGCUGCACCAGCUGCAGGAGCCGAGGCGACGGCAGCAGCAGUGGUGGCGGAGAGUCCCUGGAAUCUGGAGUUCGUGCAGGAGGUGUUGGAGCGGAAGAUCCGGAAGAGCAACAGCGGGCUGGCCAUUGAUGGCAAGUUCCUGACACUGGUUGGCGGGGGUGCAGCGGAGGAGGAGUGAAGGGACGUGGGUGUGGCAGCGCCGCUCGUUGCGCCCGUGACAUCCUGCGGCACGACGUCGUGAAAGGCUGCCUAGGGGUGGGGGCUGGGGGGCUUUCGGAAGCACUGGGGGGGGUUAAGAGUCGUAAAGCGCAUUAGGUGGUAUAGCUAAGUAGACACAUAGGUUUUUAGCAGCGACGGUCAGCGGCUCGGUGGUGGUAGAGUAGGGUAGUAACCUUGCGGGUACUCGCCCCCUGGUAGUAGGGGACCCCGAUGGUGUGAGUGUGGGAGGUCGGGGACAAUGUGUUUGGGGCUGGAGAGGCGGUGGGUGCCCAAUUCGUUGGCGACCCGUGGGUCCAGCGGUUUCAGAGUGACAGCGGGUGGUUUAGGUUUUGUGCUGGAUUGAAGCGGAUGAGCUGGUGUUCAAGAACUUAUAGACGGCGGUGAAGUACCGGUAAGCAGG